AUGCUGAAUGGAACUCUUAUGAACAUUGCCAGAAAAAUUUUAAUGAGCUUCAAAUUCAAUGAUGAAAUUAGGACACUUUCAUACCCGUGGGCAAUUUUGCAUGCCAAUCUUUUGCAUAACAUCAACUGGUUAGACUCUAUUGAAUCGAGUCCUUACUUCAAAGUUUUUGGUGUUCCUUAUGAUACAAAGAGAUUACUAGCUUUUGGUGAACUAGUCAUUUAUAAAAAGCAGAAGACAAGGAAUAAAUUGGAUCCAAAAGGACGCAUGGCUUAUUGGGCUGGAAAAUUCGGAUACGAUUCAAACAUCUUAUUGGAUGUGGAUACAAAAGCCAUAGUCUAA